GGACAAAACCUUGGGGCGUUCAGGGGUUCAGAAGGUCGCCACACAAUGCACAACACGUACCGUACUAAGAAAACCGAACGUCGUUGAAUGAAAGAUUUGUACCGGAACUUGAAUAGAAGUCCACUUUCACUGCCAUGGUAUAAGCUGUCGUUUCAAAAUGAAGGCGUCAAAUGCUGACACUCAACAACAAGGGAAUGUCAAAGAAAAUACAAAGGAAUCUUCACAAAAUCGUAAAAAGGAAGAUGGUGGAGCGAAUCUACUUUCGAUACGAGAUACGAACCCAGAAGCUCCUGAUGGAGGGUGGGGAUGGAUGGUGGUAUUAGGAGCGUUUAUCAACGGGUUAGUGUCGGCAGGAUUCACGUCUCUGAUCAGUGUCUUGUACGUAGAAUGGAUCAAAUAUUUUGAUGUUAGUGCAGGCGAGUUGAGUUGGAUUGGGUUUCUGUUCCCCGGGACUGCUGGUUUUGUCAGUAUUGUCAUUGGAAAGAUUUGGACUACUUUCGGAGUCCGGAGCGCGGCGAUUGUAGGAUCCAUUCUGGCCUCAGCGGGAUGUUUAGGAGGGGCAUUUUCCACUAAACCAUUCCAUAUAGCAAUCAGUAUUGGAUUAGUAUCAGGUCUAGGAGUUGGUCUAUGUUUCAUCUCGGCAGUGAACAUGGUGGCGGUCUACUUCAACAAGCGAUUCGGUAUGGCCAACGGCAUUAUGUUCAUCGGAACCAGUCUGAGUCAGAUCGGGGUUCCACCCCUUACCCGUUUCCUGGUGUCCCAGUACGGCUGGCGAGGUACCUUACAGAUCAUCAGUGCUAUUAUGUGCCACAGCAUCGCUGCCUCCUGUCUUCUUAGACCACUGAAAACCACGAGGAAGAAAAAGUGCAUUGUGAAGUCCGUGUCUGGAGAGAGCGACAACAAAGCCUUUGAGACGAACGAAGUUGUUGAACUUGAGGCACUGCCGUCACUCUCGACGCCGUUAGGCACACCCGUUAUCCAACGACGACGCAAGAUCAUUGUAGAUAGUGAUCUCGAUGGAGUGAAUAGAAGUAUACGAGGAAAGGGUUUGUUGAUGAAACCUGACAACCUUGGGCACCAUCUGAAAGCAUCCCCACUAGAACUGGAACGACGUUUAGAGAAGUUGACACUGCCAUCCGCACAGGACAACCGUGACCUUAAUUCUGACCGUGUUCCUGCCGAUAUUCCUAAGAUCAGAAUUGACGAUUUUGAUAAAAUAGUUACUACGUCUGACAAGUUUGGGAAAUAUGGAAAAGAGGAUACCACGAAUGAUAAAACGGGAAGUAACGCAGAUGAUGAGGCCGAAAGAAAGGGUUGUUCGGGUCAUCUUUGCAAAACCCUUGCAGACAUGUUUGGAAUUACUCUCUUCAGGAACGAACCCCUUUCAAUCUUGCAGAAUAUAUCAUCUACGGUAGUCAUGAUAGCGACAUUCAUGCCCGUAGCUCAUGUCAUGGCCAUGGCAACGGAUCGUGGUAUGUCAGUCAGCAAUGCCGCUGCUCUUCUAUCCGUGCUCGGGGUUGGUGGAACGGCUGGACGCAUUUUAUCUGGUGUCAUCGUGGACAAGAAACUAAUAGGUCCCCACUCCUAUAUGAGCCUACUCAAUGUCCUAACUGCUAUUCCCAUUGCCAUCCUACCGUCCGUUGCCUCUAACUUUCCUCAUGCCGCCGCAACCAUCUUCUUCACUGGCCUCGGGAUCGGAUCAACAAUCGUCAUCCGUAUCGUCCAAGCUAAGAAAGUAGUCUCGCCGCCCUUCAUGAGCGAUAACGUGCGCAUUGUCGUCAUGUCCACGGGAUUUGGUAUGACCAUCGGUGCAGUUGUAUCAGGAUGGUUGACUGACCUGACCGGAAGUUAUUCCAUGUCAUUUUACACCUCUGCUGACAUCCUUCUAUUCGGAGCUGCCAUCAAUCUGACCUUGUCUGUAGUCACACGAAUGAGGAGAAAGAAACAAAACAACCGGAAAAAAGAUCCGAGUUAACCUUCCCAUAACCAAGACAUUAUCAUGGUUGGACUCUCUUGUCUUCCUGUAGGCAAUUUGCCUGUCGCGGUUAAUGUGCAAAUGGGUUUGAAAAAUGUGUCAACAUGCAAAUCCCGGAACUGCGAUCAAAGUUUAAUUUGCCGCCAAAACGUAGGAGGCGCGUGACGCUGGCAUAUGCCGUGAUUGGUCACGUGGUUUUACGAUAUAAUGGAUGAAUAAGAUUGUCAUGACUAUUUGGUCACUUCACAUACUAAGAAUUGUUCUGGGAUUUCAAGUAAUUGUUUGAUUAAUAAAACUAAAACAUUAAUGAGGCAUCAGGAUUGUUAGUUCUUAUGGCUAGGUAUUGUCGACGCCGAGAACAGGUUGAUCAUCGCGUCUGACCGUAAAUGACGAGACAUAUAAGAGAAGGCUGGGUACCAGUAAUGAUGAAUCUCAGUAGUGACAUGUUGACUUUCUGUAACAGUUUCCAUCGCAUGAUAAGAAUCAGAGGCCUUUUGCUUCUCAGCCAAUCAAAAAGGGAUUUUAUUGAAGCUGUCAUGAGCUGACAAUUAAAUACGUUAUGAGAACCUGUCAUGACACAGUCUUCCCGAGACAGGAUUAGUGACAAAUAAUUUGGAAAAAUUAAUAUUUAACAAUAUCUGGGGACUUGUCGGACGUUUCAUACAACGAAUCAUGUUCUAUCAGACGGUUGCCAUAGUAAAAUAGUGGUCGCGUCGUGGUCUAGUGGUUCUGACUCUUGCCUUUCAAACAGAGGGUCGUGGAUUCGAAUCCUAGCCAUGGCGUGGUUUCCUUCAGCAAGAAAUUUAUCCACACUGUGCUGCACUCGACCCAGGUGAGGAUUCCUUGAAUGCUUGAGCGCCUAGGCAGCCCAGCUAAAGCCGGGGUAAUAAUAGCAGGGCCCGCUGAGAGAACAGUUUUCAGAACUGAAGUGGCUACCCUGGGUUAAUAUACCGCUAUUAUUAUUAUUUUUAUUAUCAGUAAAGUGCCUCUCAGCCAAUCAAAAUCAAGUAAAGUUGACAGAUCCGACAACUUAUCGGACACAAAUGUUGAUGAAACGCUCCCCAGAUAGUGGCGCAAUUGGCAAAGAAGUAUGUAAAUGGGUAAUUGACGGUAGAGUGAAGCAUUAAUUGUUGUUUGAAGAUAUGCCAUUAAAGCAAAUUAUUGCUGCUAAGAUUUAGAGAUGUUUAUUUGCUUUUCUGGGAAAAUAUUCCAUUUAUUUUUAAUUGAUAUCACAUAAAAAUGGUCCGCGAGUGGUUUUGAAAAUUGGAGGCUGAGCAUUGAUCUGAAAAGUAUAAAUGGAUAGAAUUUUAACGUUUUUGUAUUUUGUUUACCGAAAAAAUACACCCCUCCCCCCCCCCCCCCCCCGUUCAGUUGCCCCUGUGACGAAUGCAGUAUUUUGAAAACCAACUUCCAUGUAUAUUCUUUAUUCUAUAGUUUUGUAUGUAUAGAAUUAGAAAACAAAUUUUCGCUGAUGAUAUGUCAAGUUCUGUUCAUUAUUCGUACUUGAUGAAACAAAUUUCUUUGCGCAAUUUAUAUAGCCUUUUGAUGAUUGAAUGUUCUUGGAUAUUGAAUGGAUUAGGAUGAAAAUACAUCAAUAGAAGACGACGGCUUGAGAUGAGGCAGAAGAGAAAGAAAGGAAGUGACAAAUACUUAAUUAUUUGUUUUAUAUUGGUUAUUUAGCUCCUGAAAAUGUAUUGAUAUUCACCCUGCUAUAUAGGUUUCUUCAGUCGUUAUGAAAUUAGUGCUAUCUAUAAACUGUUUCAGAAACAUAACCAUUAUCAUUCAUAUAA